AUGGAUUUCAAACAUGGAGACGACAUCAGAAAUAUGGGCCUUGACGAAAUGCGUAAGUUACUUACGAGUCGGUAAUAGAAAUUGCAUUCAUUUGAUUACAGGACGGCAGAAAGUGUUGCUCGCAAGUGAAUUGAAAGCAAUCGACGCACAAAUAAGCGAUCUGGCAUUCAAUAAUUAUGGAACUUAUGCUGAUGCUGGGAGAGCUACUCAUGAUUGCUCCAAAACAGUAUGUUCCCGAUUUGAAAUGAUCAAAAAUUGUGUACAUUCAGUUUGGCGAGAUGCGAGACAAAACCGUCGAUCUAUCGGCACAAGCAGAAGAGCUCACUGUCGCAUUCCAAGUGUUCAGGACCAAAGCAAAAACGCUUGCGGAAGAACAGGAACUCGUCAGAAAGGCGUUAGAUAAAUCAAAUCCUAUCUGGGAACUCCUCACUCUUCCUUCUGUUAGUUCUACUUUUUAAAAAAUUUUUAAAUAUUCCUUGCGAACCUCGUAUUUCAGCGCAUGGACAUUUGCAUACGAGCCGGCUACUAUGACCUGGCCUACACGCUCACCAACUACGGAAUGCAGCUUCAGCAGCAAACACAACUCUACAAAAAUCCACUGAUAAAGGUAUGCUUCUCUCUCCUCCUGGCGUUUCCAUUCUGACUGUUCUACAGAAAGUAGCUGAUCGUCUCGUGGAAGCCCGUUCUUAUUUGCUCGAAGAGCUUUUCAACAAAUUCGCCGGCCCACUGGAUUUGGCCGAAUCAAUUAAAGUGGUGAACAACGUGCGGAAGAUGCCAUAUUUGACCGCCAACCAGUUGCGAAUCGCUGUUCUUCAACACAGAGAUAUAUAUUUGGAAAAGCAAAUUUUGGAUAUUUCGGUAAGCAAAAAAACAAAAAAACACGCUCAUGAAUGGUUGAUAUACGGAAUGGUUACGUAA